AUGUCCACGGGCGAAAUGAAGACUCCCCCGAUUUUAUUCGUAAGCAAACUCAUCCGCAGAGAAUGCUCCGAAGAAUUCCGCAAGCACGCCUCAUUCAUCCUCAACAUCCCGGUAACAAUCUCGAGCGAUACAUCCUCUGGAGCSGCACCCUCAGCAUGCCCAACACUAGACGUCGCUUUCCCCAGGACUCCCAUCUUCUCAGGCAGACACCUCUCUCUAAARUUGACCCUAAUCCUCGAACCCGAAAUGUGGUGGGGCAAUGGAGAUACCCACUCAGCCAACGCGAGUAUCAAAAGCGCCCAGUGGUUCAACCAACUCCUCACCCGCCUCCAAGCAUCCUCGGAAAUCCAAACCCUCUCGAUCCGAUGGGCUCUCCCUUCCCCAUUACAAAGUCCCUCAGAAAAGGCCCUACAUUCCAUCUUCAACGCUCUGGUGGAAACGGUAGAGGUGAUGCCUAAUCUCCAGCGCUACUCGAUCCAAAUCGGAUACGAUUCGUUCGUYGUGGCCGUCACUCCUAAAUGGGGAAUUGCUAUUCUCUCGGCUUAUGGUCGUCGAAGCGGGGGGAAAAGUUGGGAGGAUGAGAGUACGGUGCGAUAUUGUUGUCAGGAAAUGCCGAGGGGGGAGUGGUAUGCUUUGCUAAGCGAUUUGCAGCUUGAUMCUAUGAAGGGGGAGGAGGUCGUUGUUGCUGGGGAUUACUAG